AUGUACUCUUUAAAUAAUUUAAAAGGAAAGGAUGAAUCAGAGGAGCAUUCUGCUAAAUAUACCACUCUAGCGACAUCCCCAUCCUCCACUGACGUAUCGGAGACGACUUCGGCAAAAAAUCAGAUAAAAUCAAAUCCACCUUUAUGGAACACGGGGGAAUUUUAUAUUUAUUAU